UAUUUUUUGAUCUGUUUGGGAGUUGCUGAGUGUUGCAAAAAGUGGUAACAGGUUUGGGAGUUGCUGAGUGUUGCAAAAAGUGGUAACAAAUACCCCUGGUGAAUGUAGUGCUGGAUUGUAUUUCUAUUUGAUGUUGAUGGUCUUCAGUACAGCAUCAACCCCUUAAGAUUCGGAUAUGUCCUUCAUAUUUGAUUGGAUUUACAGUGGUUUCAGUAGUGUACUGCAGUUUUUAGGAUUGUAUAAGAAAUCUGGUAAACUAGUAUUCCUUGGAUUGGACAAUGCUGGAAAAACUACACUGCUGCACAUGCUCAAAGAUGACAGACUGGGACAACAUGUCCCUACAUUACAUCCCACCUCAGAAGAGCUGACAAUUGCUGGUAUGACUUUUACCACUUUUGAUCUGGGUGGACAUACUCAAGCUCGCAGAGUGUGGAAAAAUUAUCUGCCUGCCAUCAAUGGCAUUGUGUUUCUGGUGGACUGUGCUGAUCAUGAAAGAUUGACUGAAUCUAAAGAAGAACUUGAUUUGCUAAUGACAGAUGAAACUGUUGCAAAUGUGCCUAUCCUAAUUCUUGGUAACAAGAUUGACAGACCUGAAGCCAUCAGUGAAGAGAGGUUACGAGAGAUGUUUGGUUUGUAUGGCCAAACAACAGGAAAGGGCAAUGUAUCUCUGAAAGAAUUGAAUGCCAGACCACUGGAAGUCUUUAUGUGCAGCGUGCUAAAGAGACAAGGCUAUGGAGAAGGAUUCCGUUGGAUGGCACAGUACAUUGAAUAACACCAAAAUCACAUCAGUACAUUCUGUCUUAUGUCCGAAUAUGAAGUCUGUUCAUUAUUUGAUUAUUCAGUGUACAUAACUUAAACUCAGUAGACUUUGGUUACAAAAGCAAAUGUUUUUUAGAUUAUUAAAUUAACUAUGCUAAACUGCAAGUGUGAGGAUUGAAAACUGAUUUUAAGCAAGUUUGUAAGACUGGAUAUCACAACAUGUUAGCUUUCAGAUCCCAUAACACAACAUUCUUUUGAAAUUUAUAACUUGACAAUAGUCUCCUGCACCAUUUUUUGACAGAGUGACUUUCCAGUACAGUACGUUUGAACGCACUUUUUAACAGCUAAAAAUUAGAGCCAUGUGAAUGACAUUUAAUGUUCAUCAUGUUAAAUUUUUUAUGUACUUUUUUGAAACUGGUUUUUAUAAAUUUAGAAUAUAUAACCACCUCUCAAGGAACAAUAAAUAAUUAGCUUAUUGAUAAUUGCAUGAUGCCUUACAGCUUUCAAUAAUAUACUUUCUUAUGCAACGUCAUGCAAUAAAACUAAAUCCAGUUUUUUGGCAUCUUUGAUGGGAAAUGUUUCAUUUUAAUGUGUCUUAACUAGUGAGGAUGUCUGAAGAUCUGAAUAUGUGGGAUAUCUUCCUGAAACAUAGGAGGCCACAAGGUAGUUUCAGUGAACUUUGGAUUAUUCUGCUGUUAAUGCAAAAUCCUAACAUAAAUGCAAUCAGAUAGUUUUGAAAAGUUUAUAAUUCUCUAAUCAGAUGCCCGAAUCUGUCAUUAAAAACAAAAUCACAUUAAAUUAAUCAAUUAGUGCCUAUACAAUUCUUGCACUAAAAGCAAAAAUUAGCCCAUUUUAUUGAUCUCAUGAAUUAAAAUGAACUUGUAAACUGGCACAGGAAGUGCACAUUUCCUUGAAGAAAUGAAAAAAAAAAAUUGCAUGAAAUAAUAUACUCCUGGUUAAAUUGACUUUAGUUGUGCCAGAGGAGUUGAUUCUGAAUAACUGUUAAUUCCCAGAAAGGUGUUGGCCCAUGUUGCCUUUGGAAACUCAUGCCAUCCCUUGCCCAACUGGAUGUGAGUUCAGCCUCUUUCUUUUUUUUUCAAGGAUUUUUUGGACAGUUUUGUCAUGUUGGAAAACUUUGUUAUGUCUUGGAAUCUGAGGUGGCUUAUUACUGGGAUAAAAUUUUAGUAUCACAAAGACUUAUGUGCUGACAUUUGAUUGUUCCUUUUCCCCUUCCUCUGCAUGCAUUACUUCUUUGGGAAGGAAUGAAGAUUAUCUUCUAGAAUGGAAAGUGUUGGAGCACAUGUCAACUUGUUAGUUGGUGUUUUCUUUUGAAUCGUGGUUUGUGUGGUGUAGGAUGUCACAUUCUGUAGCCUUUAUCUGAGCCUAUUUACAGCAGGUGCACUGUUAUUUUACAUAUAUCUGAAAAAAGGAAUGGAAGUUGAAUAAUAGAUUUCAAACCUGGAGUCCUCUUUUUGUGGUGAUAUUCAGUGGAGGUUUUGCCUAAGAGACUAAGGACAGAUAUACAGUUCUUAGUGUUUAAGGUUGAUUUCCGGGAAAGGUUGGGCCUGCGUCCUUCAUGGCUAUAUAAGCUCUCUCUUCGGGAAUAUAUGUAGAUCCUGGUGUCCAAUAUUCGUGGUAUAUUGAUAAUGUAUGUCUGGAAUUGAUUGUUUUCUUCUUGUUGUCUCAUUGAGUUUGACUUCCAGAUGCAGGGUAUACAAGAUCACAAUGAAUAGAUGUGAACUACCCUUUUCCCUGAUCUGAACUUGAAUGACAGAGUAUUGAUAAACACAUCUCCACAGUCCUGAAUUGUGCAUCUGAAUAAGAGGAAUAAUUCAGAACCUUGAAGUUAAUGUUUAUAACUCAUGUUUGCUAUUGUGCAGAUCCUGUCUUCAUCUUAAGCCUUUUUCUAAGUCAAAGUCAUUUGUCAGUGGUGAGGUCUAAGCAGUAAGUGAAGGCAACAGAUAGCUUAAAUGUGUCAGAUAUAAUGCAACCUAAAAGUGACUUAGAUGUUGGUGACCCCCCACCCCCCCAAAAAAUUAUCUGUCUACUAUAGAAUACUGUUUCUGGGUUACAUAAACCAAACUUUUUAAGUAAGAAAUGGCCUCUUAUCAGAGUUAGGGCAUCAAGCAGGUCCUACCAUGGAUAUUUUUUGAAGACAUGCUUUUCUUCAGAUAUUUCUGAUGAUCAUUAUAAUGCUGAGAAUAAAUCAACUGAUAGUGUAAAUAUUUAAAAUAAUUCUUGCAGCUAGGUGGCACAAUGCUAAUAUGGGAGACUUGGGAUUCUUGUUGCCUGUGCUUGUGGAGAUGACCUGUUUACUCCCUCCUCAGAAUAGGCCAUGCUUGCAGUUCACUUCUGCUGGCUGAUCCAUUACGGUGGGCAUUGAAACAGAUGUUAUGUGCUCUUCAGCUCGUAUUUCAAGCAACCUGUGACAGUGGCAGCAAGGAAAGUGGUGAUAGUGUUGAGAACAAAAAUGGAGGUGAUAAUCUUUAAAAGUGUGUAUUAAGAGUAAUUUUUAGUGUUUUGGAAAUGCACAGAUUUCAUGCUCGAUACUGUAAGAUGCUGGUUUAAAAUGUGGUCAUAACAAGGGCAAACAAGAAAUUGCAUCUAUAUAUCUUGGUACUUACAUGGCCCCCAUCAUGGUAGUAUCUGAGCAUCUCUCAAGUAUUUAAAUAAAUAACAAUUUCUCUCUCACUUCCUUUCCAUCCUGUAGGAGAAAUACCUUGAUUAAUUUAUAGUGUUUAUUUGGUUUUGAUUGUGUAUGUGAAUGGGUGUAUUGUAUGUCUGUGUGAAGAAAUUAUUGAGGGAAAGUUACGUUAUUGAAAUGAGUUUGGCAUUUCUGGAGGUGACUAGUUUCUAAAGUGGUUCGUCCGUGGUCAUUUGUAUUUUUGCGGGAGUGGGUUUCAUUUUCUAGGUCCAGCUCCUGUGAAAGUUUUUUGCUCUCCUGAGUAUCCAGAUACACAACCUUCAGUUUAAACAUUACAGUGACUUAAAGAAUAUGUGCUGAAAAAAACAAAGCUUGUCAUUGGUAAAGGUGUAUUUAUGAAGUUUCUCCAAUCUAUUUUUAUACCAUAACAGUUUCUUAGGGUAUGUGGACACAGACUCCAUAUAUUUCAGUAACUGCUGCUGAGAUUGUGACCUGUGCAUUGCAAUCACUUAAUAUUUCCACUUGUGAAUUGUUUAACAUUGAUUUUUGUCUGGGUAGCGCUUACGCUUUCAUUCUAGAACACACUGUAUAACCUCAAGAUCUGAGGUGUAAUCGUAUCUCUAUCCUGGCCUGCUAAAUUAUUUUUUAGCACAAAUAAAUAAUAGAAUCAUAAAAGUUAGAGAUGGCAAAAGUCUAUUGAGUCAUCUAGUUCAUUCUCCUUCUAGUGCAGGAUUGUUCCCUAAAAUAUAUUGUUUAGUGCUGUACUCAGUGUUCAGGUAUUGUCCGUGAUGUGCCAAAGAUGACAUGUGGCAUCCAUUGGAAUAUAAUACCUGCAUGUUUGUGAGUUUUAAUAAUAUAUAUUUGCCAUAUUGUAUUUUAAUAAUCAGAGAUUAACAUAAGAUAUUUUACAUUUACUUAUUUAUGUCUUGAGCCAGCUCAGCAAAACAUAAGGUGCUGUGUAUCUUUAAACCAAGUGAAUUUGCAGAUCUGCGUGUAGUGGGAAAUACUCCAGCCUCUUCUCUUGUUACUGUACAUUCGCAAAGGAUUUGGUUGGUACUUUCUAAAGUCCAAUAUUUCCACACAGUGCUACUUACUUAGAUUUAGUGUAAAUAGAAGUCCCCAGUUAUGGACUUAUAGAGCUGCAUAAAAAUGCACUGGCUCACUGUGGGAAGACUUAACUUCUUCCUAACUUAUUUGCACUUAGAUAAACCACUUUUUGCACUAGUAUCUCAGUGUGGAAUUAACCUUUUCUGUUAUGGAGUGUGACUGCUGUAAAUGUUUAAAAAUAUAAUUUAUAUAAUGAACUUUCAGUUUAUGUAUUUCUGCAGAAGGAUAGUUAUAGAUUAAAGUGUUCUUAAGCGGUUAAUGUGCUGGUUUUUUAAUCAUUGUUAUGUUAUCCCAUCACGUGCUUUAAAUUGAAAUGUCAGGAUAGCAAAAUAAAAUUCUGACCUGAA